GGCCGUGGGGUCGCUGGAUUGGCAUCAGUCUCAUUCUUCCUCUCUCCCUCAAAACAGUUCUCCCACCUCAUUCUCAAACAGCCCCAUCAUGAAGUCUUGGUUGAUCGUAGGCCUGGCCGUGUUGGGCGUGGCCUCUGCCCUGCCUCGCCUCGUCAAGAGAGACUCCAGCCCCUUCGCUUACGAACUUGCCUCUAAUGCCUCAAUCAUCGUCGGCCCUAUCAAUACAGGAUUCGACUGCUCGGGUCGCCAGUAUGGGUAUUACGCCGACCAGGCCAACAACUGCCAAAUCUUCCACAUCUGCUACCCAUACGAGGAUCCCGACGGCAACUUCUUCACCAGGAUGUUCUCCUUCUUCUGCGGGGAAGGCACCAUCUUCGAUCAGGCAACUUUGACAUGCAACUUCCCCCAAUUCGCUCUGCCGUGCGAUGCAGCUGCAAGCCUCUACAACAUCAACGACUACUUCGGACGGACGGAUCUCCAGUUCAGAGACGGAUACAACGGCAUCUUUUAAAUAAAAAAAAACAACGAAACUUAAAAAAAAAACUCAGACGUAUAUUCUCUUCCAUUCGCUUGAGAAGAUGAAACCGAAGCCAAAUCCGAAGGAAACAUCCGAACACAAACGAACCUCGGCGACCAAUGGGAUGAAGUCCUCGUGCCGACGUCAUGUUUUUCUACUUGUAUACAGGUUAUACAAACGUGACUGAUGAAUCAAACAUUUUUCAAAGUUCCUUAACCGAAACUAAAGAAUGAUUUUGUGUUUAGAAACCGCGUUUUGAAACAACUGCCGCAUCCAGGCGAUCUGUGGAUCAGAUUUUAAGUGUUAUGACUGUGCAUGCGAGUGCUUGAGUAUAUGUGCAAAUUUCGUGUAUGUUAUCCUUUAAGUGUUCACUUUCGGCUGUAUAUUCGUAUAACCAUAUUAUGCUAAAGCUUUUUGUAUCAGCUUCUUUUUUCUUCUACUGCAAUCCAAAUGUGCGCAGAAAGGCUAUAGCCAGCUUGUAUACGAUGUCUUUCUAACCUCUGCCUAAUGUAAUAUAUGUAAAUAUAGAUAUACCACUGCUGAACAA